AUGGCUGACCUGCCGCCGAGCCCGCGCAGCAGCAACAGCAGCAGCAGCAACAACAACAACAACAACACCGCCGGCACAGACCCCAAGCACUGCAACGCGCAAGAUGACGCCAGGCCCCAGCGCAGAAGAAGCAGGCCUGCGAGCCGCGCGCGUGAGCGGCGGUCCCUGCACAAGAACACCUCUAACAAGGCACCCCUGGAAUCGCCGUCGUCGUCAUCAUCAUCAUCAUCCCAUAGCCGCACGACGCGGCCACAAGAAAGUAGCAAGGGCAGCGCAGAGCAGUCGUGCUGGGUGCGGCCAUCGUACGAUCCCAUCGCCGCCCUCCUUCGCCCAGACGCGCGCCCACAUCCGGGCACGUACACCGACACAGAUGACAGCGAGGCGGCAAGCGCAGAGGGCGAGGUUGAGGAUGAACGCGGCCCGCAUGAUCGCAACGCCACGCCUAGCCCCGUGCCCGACGACACAUCAUUGUUACGUGCACGGCACUCUUCCACCGGCACUGCGCAGGACACACAAAAAGGCAGCCCCAGGCGCGCAGCGAGAAAAAGCAGCAGCAGCAGCAGCAGCAGCAGCAAUGGUGGACACACUCGCAACCCGCAACAGCAGAGGCGCCAUGCGUCGCGAAUCGCGUCCAUCGCGUCAACUGCGUCUGAGGACGCCGUGGAGGAGGAAAUGCAUGCAGGCAGCGAUGACGAUGAGGGCGAGGGUGUUGAUGCGGGCGGUGCCAUCACUGCUGGUGAUGAGGCGCCGCUGUCACCACAGGAGCGGCGUGAUCUCGAGCAGCUCUCCUGCGUUGGCGGCUGCACCACAACAAUUCAAGGCCACGAUGAUGCCGUAAACGCAGUUGUUGUUCUGCGCUCCGGCCUGAUCGCGAGCGGUGGUGACGACGGUGUUGUGCGCGUGUGGGAUCCGAAAUCACAGCGCCGCGUGUACACGCUCGGGCCGCACGAUGGUGCUGUCGAGUGCAUUGCUGAGGUGUUUCCGUCAACACUGUCGCCAAACACAGCGCAUGCAAGCGGUGAGGUUGGCUGCGGUCGUGGCGUUGGUGGCGGUGGUGGUGGUGGAGGAGGAGCACAGCAGAGCGCAGCGAUGGUUGCCGUCGGCGUCGAAGAACACGUGGUCAUCUGGUCCAUCCCUUCCCAGUCGCUCCUCUGCCGCUUCCAGGCACACUGCGCGUACAUCUGGGCCAUGACUUGGCUCUUCCCAGGUCCAAAGGGCGCAGGAUUGCUGACUCAGCACAAAGUGGACAGCGGCGUCCUGGUCACGGCCUCGGCCGACCGCACCAUCAAGCUCUGGCGUGUGGAGCCCAAGGCCCGCUUUGACAAGGCCACGUGCGUGUCCACGCUCGAGGGCCACCGCGACUCUGUGUACGGCGUGGCCGCCCUGAGUUCCGGUCAGCUGGUGAGCGGAUCAACAGACACCACCGUGAUGGUAUGGUCGCCAUUUGAAUCCGCAAGCACGCGCACGCUGCACGGACACACGGCCCUCGUCUACGACGUCUGCGCUCUCGCCGACACGCGCAUCGCAAGUGCUUCCAUGGACACAAGCAUACGCGUGUGGUGCGUGCGCAAUGGCGCGUGCCUGCUUACCCUGAACGGCCACACCGAUGCUGUCACUUCCCUCGCUCCGUUGUCAAGACACGUCUUUUUCAGUGGUUCUCGCGAUGGCCAAAUUCGCGUGUGGAAUGCAGAGGACGGCACGUGCGCGCGUGUAUUUGAGGGCGUAGAUGAGGGCGUCAACGCGCUGGCCACGCUCUCUGGCAGCUGCAAUGCCGAUCGUGUGCUUGCCUCCGCUUACGACGACGGUGCUGUACGCUUCUGGGGCAUUGCUGUCAGGCUCGCUGGCCAGUGA